AUGUCCCACCUUUGCUUUCUUUGCCAGCGCUGCAGCCAGCCCCUGAAACUGAAUCACACCAUGGAGGCCUCCCAGGAACCUAAAGCUUUGAUGUUCAUCUCAGCUCAGGGAGACACAAGAGAAACACAGGAGGGAGGUCCUCCCUCCAAGGAGGAGGCAAACUUUGAAAAUCUACAGGAUGGUGCCUUUUGCAGGACUCCUCACCCACCCAGUAGUGGGACAUCCUGGGACUAUUCCAACUUCACCCUGCUUGGGAGGUUGGAGCCCCGGAGGAGUCUCGACAGCAUCCAGAAGACUAUUAGGGACAGUUUUGACAUACUCUCUGGUGAAACAGAGGUGGACCACCCAUUGUGUAUGGACUGUACUGACUAUCUUUUAGGGGCACUGGACAUUGAACUCGCCAUCACAGAAUCUGACGUUCAGAACUACAAAUGCUGUUUGGAGACCAGGGAGUGGAUGAGUGAGGAUGAGAGGGAGUUGCUGCAGAGGAAGCUGAAGGGCCUGGAGCUGGAGGAAGCAAAGCUACACCAAGAAGUGGCAGAGGUGGAGAAGAACCAAGAAAGUGUAGCAGCUGAUCUCGAGGCAGCCCAGGCAGAGACUAAGAUGCUGGAGCAGCAGGAAAAGCAGUACUGGAAGGACUACAGUAAGCUGAAAUGGCAACAAUUAGAACUAAGUGAGGAGCUGAGCAGUGUGGAGAUGCGACUACGGUAUGCCCAGAUCCAGUGGAACAAGUUGGAGAAAACCGACGUCUUUAAUGCCACCUUUGAGAUCUGGCAUGACGGCCCCUUAACCAUCAUCAAUAACUUCAGAUUGGGCCGCAUCCCCACUGUCCCUGUGUGCUGGAGUGAGAUCAGUGCGGCCUGGGGACAGACAGCCUUGCUGCUUCUUGCCCUGGCCAAUACCAUUGGACUGGAGUUUCAGAGGUACCGACUCAUCCCCUGCGGAAACCAUUCCUAUCUGAGAUCUUUAACAGAUGACUGUGCCGAGUUGCCGUUGUACUCUAGUGGGAAGCAGAAUGUUUUCUUACACAACAAAUUUGAUCAGGCUAUGAUGGCUUUCCUGGACUGCAUGCAGCAGUUCAAGGAAGCAGCUGAGAAGGAUGAGUCGGGUCUCUGUUUGCCCUACAAGAUUCAUGUGAAGAAAGGCCUGAUGGAAGACCCUGGAAGCAGCAGUGGAUUCUAUCCCAUCAGAACCCACUUGAACACGGAGGAGGACUGGACAAAGGCACUCAAGCUCAUGCUUAUAAAUUUUAAGUGUAGUCUCACUUGGGUUUCCUUAAGGUAUGGUCGAAAAUAA